AUGACCUUGCGUGGUAGCGCCGCCUGGAAGCAGGUGGGUUCAAUUGCCCAGCAAGCCUUCAGAAGCUUGUCGCAACAGUCAUGCAGCAGCGAUCGCUUCAAGUCACCAUGGCUCCUCUCAGUCCGUGGUGUCUCGGCAGAGGCGGAGGGUAUGAAGUCGCUCUAUGAGUCCAUCAUGUCUGAAAGAGACAAGAAAAUGGCAGAAAACAAGGAAUUGCUCCUGUCUGUCAUGGAAACUUCACCUACGAAGCGUGGGGCGAAGAAGUGGCUCAAGGACUUCGCGCCAGCCCUCAGUCGCAAAUGGCAGCCUAGAGGCAUCAAUACGGCUGGUCCUCUGCCCCAGGCUGACACUCGGCCCGUGGAAGACAACCUCCCUCAGGUCGCCAUUGUCAAGCUCAGGGAGCCCCAGUCCAUCGACGACGCCACUCUCAGAGGUGUGGGCAGGACUCUUUGUCAGCUUCAAAUGUUGGGGCUGCUAAGUAUUGUCGUUAUUGAUUGUGACCAGGACUUGGUCAAGGGAGAUGUCCUUUGGCCGGUGAUCAUGAAGCAGACUGAGCGUGCACUGGCUGGAGCUACGAUUGCACCUCUAGCACGACCACGUGUGAUGGACUACGUUAUGGGCAUUCGGCCUGGAUCUGAGGGCGACCAAGCCUCCUGUCUCUCCGCUGGAGGCGUAUUCGUCUCCAGAGAGGAACCACUCAUCAGAGCCUUGAAGGACGACGCCAUUGUGGUGGUACCAACCUAUGCAGUCUCUACGGAUACCUGCGCCGCCAGGACUGUCCAGGCAGACGAGGUUGUUGUUGCACUCACCCGGUAUUAUUCUGGCUUGCAGUUACCCAACAAGUCAUCGGGUGACCCGGCAGAUGCCUCUCAGGAGCCGGCACCCAAGCCAAAAGCCGAUAUUCGAAAAGUCAUCAUUAUUGACCCUCUUGGCGGACCACCUGCAAACAACCGACCAGAAGGCGCACACGUGUUCCUCAACAUGAUACAGGAAUAUGACACGGCAAUGAAGUACAUCAAGGAAGCCGAUUAUCCGGAGCUCGAAAUGGCGAGCAGCGCCAUAGUAUCGACCCCUUUGGCAUCUGCGCACAUCCGAAAGAAGCAUGCAGACAACUUGGAGCUAACGAAGCGCAUCGUGACGUUACUUCCACCGUCAGCCUCGGUAGUCAUUACUACGCCCGAAGAAGCUGCAAAUCUACGGGGUGAGAAGGGCGAAGAGUCGCACAACUUUGGCUUUCUGGCCCAGACAAGGACACGCAAGCCCAAGAAUGCGCUGAUACACAACUUGAUCACCGACCGGCCGGCAUUCUCAUCGUCGCUGCCGAUUGCCAGAUUCGCUGCGAGCAAGCCACAAGCUAUCAAAACGGGGACCAUGGGUAACAUGGACUGGACCAGUAAACCUAUCAUCACUCAAUCGAGAACAACGCUUGCCAAGCGUGGGAUGCCCCUGACCAUGCUUCCAGAUCCAUUCGCCAGCCCUUGGAUGCCAACAGCCCCAGGCCAGCCGAGGUUGCGACUGACAGAUCCAUGCGUCGACCUGCCGCGGCUUGUUCACCUGAUUGAUGAUUCAUUCGACAGGAAGCUGGACGUACAGCACUAUCUCAACCGCGUAAAAGACAGUCUAGCCGGCAUUAUAAUCGUGGGCGAAUACGAGGGCGGCGCCAUCCUGACUUGGGAGGCACCCAACCCUGACAACCUCCCGGCUGCCGAGGCAUAUGCGGAGGCGUAUAAGCAGGGUAGAUUGGUGCCGUACUUGGACAAGUUUGCGGUGCUCAAGAGGGCACAGGGGGAGGGCGGAAUUGCCGACAUUGUCUUCAACGCCAUGAUCCGCACUUGCUUCCCUAAGGGACUUUGCUGGCGGAGUCGUAAGGAUAAUCCCGUAAACAAGUGGUAUGCCGAGCGAUCGAGAGGUUUUCGGAAGCUGGACGGCUCCAACUGGAGUAUGUUUUGGACAACCGAGUGGGAUGAUCAUAACAACGCCGAUUAUGAGGAUGUCUGUCGCAAGAUACAGCCAUCUUGGGCGGAUAACAAGCAAAUAGUGGACUGA